AUGUCCAACUUCACCGAGAUCGCUCAGCAGUUCGUUCAGUUCUACUACAACACUUUCGAUGAGAACCGCGCGGCUCUUGGACCCCUCUACCGGGACCACUCCAUGCUCACUUUUGAGACCAGCUCGCACAUGGGUACCAACGACAUCGUCGAGAAGCUGACCAGCCUGCCCUUUCAGCAGGUUCGCCACCAGAUUGCGACCCUGGAUGCUCAGCCUACCCACGGUGACGGUGUUGUUGUCCUUGUUACUGGUGCUCUCCUGGUCGAUGAGGAGCAGCGUCCCAUGAACUACACUCAGUGCUUCAAGCUCAUGCCUGACCAGGGCAGCUUCUUUGUCCUGAACGAUGUUUUCCGUCUGGUUAUGGGUUAA